AUGGCAAAACGCGUCCUUCAACCUACGUCAACAACAGUUAAUUUAUGUACUCCUCAGUCACUGAUGGAUAUUGAAACAUCUGUACGAAAUGAAUUAGAACGUUAUUUACAAUUAACAAUUGAACAUGAAUUGUUUACAUUUGUUAAAAGUGUCUCAUUGAAUUCGUCGGUCAAUGAUUGCUCAAAAUUAUUAACAAAACCAAUGUGUUUACUGUAUUUACAAACAAAUGAAACAGAAGAAAACGACGAGAACGAUGCUUCGAGUGAACGGAAACGUGAAGAAACAAUAUCUGAUGCAAAUGCAGCAAAAACACGUAUGAAAUUAACCAUAGGAUUAGAUCAACAAAUAACAAAAAUAAAAACAAAAUAUAUGAUGAAGUUAACAAAAACAAUUUCAGUUCAUGAUAGUCUACGUUUCAUUUUAAAUAAAUUAAAGUCGGAUAAUAAUAAAAAAAUUGAAAUAUUGAAAAAGUUAGAAACUUUAUAUCAAGAAUAUUCAACAUAUCAACAUUCAACAGAUGUUUUAUUAAAAAAUUCCAAAAAAAUUCAUCAAAUAAACAAUAAUCAAUUAGCAGUAACCAAAAAUGAGUGUAUAUUGAAUAAUAAUGCUGUUAAUUCAACUGUGAAUGAAAAUUUCGAUCAAUAUGAACAUUUAAUUACGCUAAUGUUCCACAAAUUAUUGAAAUUACCAAUGAUUGAAGUUAAACAAAUGCAUUUAAAACCGACGAAACACAAUCCAAUUUAA